AUGGCGGAAUCGGGACGAUCAACCGGCGGUGACCUAUUCGACAUGGCCAAAGAUGGCACUCGAGUACCCAACGAUUCUGCCGAGCCGAGAAUCAUUCCAUCCAAACCUCGUCCGGAUCAAGUGGCAUCAUCUACCGAUCCAAAUAAUCUGGGGGAAAGGUCAUUACAUGAAGCUGCUGAUAAUUCAGGAGAUAUUCCUAGAACAACAAAAGAUACGACGGUCAAUGAUAUCUUGACCGGUACUGGAGACUCUCUACCUAGUACGGUCGAUUCCAAAAGGUUACACUCCGUCCCUGGCGGUGUAACCACGGACCCAUUCGCAAAGGGAUCAACCAGGAUGACCGAACACAAAAAGCAAACCAGCGAGUUUGAGACGGGGGCUUCCGAUGGACCACAGACGGAUAAGGCUCCUGGGCAAGAGGAGCUGAGUGAUGAACAAGCUAUGGAUAAUUUGGAGCGAAAGGGUUGAUGGUGUUUAUGAGAGUGGAAAUGCAAAAAGGAUGAGAACGAAGGGGACAAGAAAAAUAGAAUGGUGGUGAGGG